GCCCUACCAAAUAUUUUUCCCCAAUUUCAAAAGUUGCAAACAUACCAACAGUACCACCAUUCCCACAGUCCCUAAGUCCAACACUCUUCAAGAUCAACCCUCGCCAGUUAUCAUUGACAAAAUUUCAGGGAUAAAGGUUGAGGAAUCAAGUGGAGAUGAUGACGACGACGAAGGCAAAGGCGUUCAUGGGAUCGAACGUCUUCAUGUCGCGAAACCUCGUCCCUCCCGAAGUAUUCGACAAGCUUCACGGCGUUCUCAAGGAUAACGGUGCCCAAGUCUUCCUCUGUUGCGACCCUUCUCGCAAUGGCCCCGAUGAUUUCCACGUUAUCUCCUCCUUCGAUCACGAGAAAUUUGAGGAUCUUAGAGCUAAAGGCUGUAAUUUGAUAGGUCCUCAAUGUGUGAUUUCUUGUGCAAAUGAAAAUAGAGCUCUACCUAAACAAGGAUUUAGUUGCUGUCUUGCAAUGGACGGUCUCAAAGUGCUGGCAUCCGGUUUCGACAUGGAUGAGAAGGUUAAGAUUGAAAAAUUAGUUAUAGCCAUGGGGGGAGUUUUGCAUACUAAAGCAUCUCUAGAUGUUAGCUUCGUCAUUGUAAAGAACGUCUUGGCUGCAAAGUAUAAGUGGGCUUUAAAUGUUCUGAAGAAACCUAUUGUUACUAUUCAAUGGUUGUAUCAGUGUUGGAGCGAGCACCGUGUUGUUCCUCAGGAGUCAUACAGGGUUCUUCCUUUUACUGGAUUGACAAUAUCUGUUACCGGAAUUCGUGCAGAUGAGCGAAAGGAGAUUGAAAAGCUUAUCAUACAAAAUGGUGGAAAAUAUUCUGCUGAACUCACCAAGAAGUGCACACAUUUGAUUUGUGAUGUUCCUGAAGGUGACAAGUAUAAAGUUGCCCGAAGAUGGGGUCACGUUCAUAUCAUUGUUCGGAAAUGGUUUGAUCAAUGUAUUGCCAGAAGAGCAUGCCUUAAUGAGGAGUCCUAUCCUGUCCAAGGUGGCAGUGCAUCUUCAAAGAAAAGUGUGAGUGGUUCCUUGUCAGCACAGCAUAGUCAAGACAAGUUUAGGGCAAGUUCAGUGUCUGCAACCUCCUUGGUGGUUCCUGAAUUUAAUAUGUCCACAGUGCCUUCUACCGGAUUGGGAGAUCCAGAUCUUGAAGCUGCUCAUUCUCAGAAUACACCUUCUGUGUUAUCAGAUGCUCAGGCCAUUUUUGAAGAGGAUGGUGGUGAAGCACCAAAUUUGCAGCCCUCUACUGAAACAAAGCUUGAUGGUUGUGUUGCCAAUGAUUCUCAAUCUGAAGAUAAUGAUCUAUACUUGUCAGAUUGUAAAAUUUCACUUGUAGGCUUUGAAGCUUCUGAAAUGCGUAAGCUGGUUACCAUGGUGCGUAGAGGUGGUGCAUCCCGGUAUAUGUCAUGUAAUGAAAAAUUGACGCACAUAGUUGUUGGGGCACCAUCUGAAUUGGAAAAGAAAGAGGUACGAAGCAUUGCUGCUUCAGGUGUUAUCCAUGUGGUAAAGACCAGCUGGCUUGAGGACUGUGAUCGUCAAAAGAAAGAAAUCCCCGUUCAUCAGAGGCAUGUUGCAUACGGCUUACUUCUUCCUAAAGAUUCUGCGCACUCUGUCAGAGGAGCAGUGACGGGAAUUAUCAAUUCAAAUCAAAGUAAAUCCUCAGUUCCUACAAACUCUGGAACUGGAAUGCCUUCAUCAUUUGGGAAAAGUCUAGAUGAUAAACCUAAAAUCAACAUGAAUGGGGGAAGCUGUUUGAAAGCUACUGUAGGAUCAUCCAAGCAAGGUCUACUUCCUACAAUAAAUAGUACAAGUAAUUUUUGGCAGAAGCAGCAAUAUGACUCUGUAGUCCAAAAUCCUAAGAAUGGGAUUUCAUCAGCUGUAUUUAAGGGGAAAACAUUUUGUUUUUCAGUUUCCUUUCCUGAAGAUAGGAGAGCUGAAAUUGUUGAAUGGGUGGAUCAAGGCGGUGGACAGGUUGUUGAGGAUCAAGUGAAAAAGAAUGUGAAUUUUAUUAUUGAGUGUCAUGGUGUGAUACCCAGUUGUAUUACUGAUUCCCAGAUUACUUAUGUUUCUACUCACUGGGUCAGGUCUUGUUUAGAGGAUGGAUGCUUGCUGGAUGUUGGAAGACAUAUUCUCUAUUCGCCACUUCCCUGUCAAAUUCCAUUUCCUGGGUUCAAAAACUUCCGCUUUUGUGUUUCACAAUAUGAAGAGAAGGAUAGAUUGCUAUUAAGAAAUCUAUGUUUUAUUCUUGGAGCUAAGUUUGUGGAAAAACUUACAAAAAAGGUGACUCAUUUGUUGUGCAAGUUUACUAGUGGACCGAAAUAUGAGGCUGCUUGUAAAUGGGGAAUACAGUCAGUUACAUCAGAGUGGAUUUAUGAAUGUGUAAGGCAGAAUAAAGUAGUAUCUCUGGAUCCAUUUUGCCCUAAAGAAGUUACUGCUCAAGACCAAGAAGCAGGAUUAUGCACUGUGAGCCAGUUUCCAACUCAAGCUGCUAAAAUGAUUGCUGUAGAUGUUCCCUCUCAGUUUACUAGUCAACCUCAGGGUCUGAGAACACAAGAUCUUGGUGUUAAAAUGGGAAGCAUUACUGGUGAUAGAAAUGAUGGCUCUAGAGAUGAGGCCGAACAAUCAAAUGAUCAUUUUAAAAGGGCAAGGCACUUAGAAGAUGAUGACCAGAAUGAUCUGCUUGUUUCUCGAGUGCAUUUAUGCGAGCCUUUUCUGAAUGAAAAUUCUACUGGAAACAACAAAUUAAAAAAUGCAGGUGAAGCUGCUCAAGUUUUGCCUGAUGUAGAUACUGUUAUAGACUUACUGGAGCAAACUAGUAAGAUUCAUGAUCAGAAGUCACCAGAGAGGAAUGGGUGUGACAGAAGUAUAUUUUUAUCUGAUUGUACUGGCCUUCGUCAAGAUCAUACAGAUCCUCAUUCUGUUAUUGGGUUAUCUCGACACUGGUUAAACCGGAAUGUGAGAAAAGAUGAAAUCAGCAGUCAUUCCAGAGAUGUGAAUGCGGGAAGCCUAUAUGGUGGUUUCAGUGAAACGCAAACAGAGUCUCAGGUUGUGGGUUACGAAGAAGAUUUGUCAGGCAGGCAAAUGCUUAUAGACAGAGUUCGGACCCGAAGUAGCAUGACUUGAAAGCACUCAGGCCCGCCUUUGCCUACCAGAUGCAACUUGAUGGUUUAAACUCAGCCACUCAGGUAUACUGCUUUCAGGCCUUACUAUGCAUCAAUCAAGUUAUGAAGCCAUCAGCUUAUAUACAUAAAUACAUGCAUAUAUAUAUGUGUGUGUGUGUGUGUUAUGUAUGUAUGUUCUGAAGGGGGAGAUAAUGUUAUGGAAAUUGUAACCCUUAUAUAUGCUUGUAAUUUUGAGCCUGUAAAUCAAUUUUCGCUGUGGAUAAACAUUGUGCUAAUUUUGUGUAUUCUAUAAUUGUUUUUUUUUU